CCUUAGGUCUUUCUGGGCAAUCGGUUGGUUGUUUCUCAUCAAGUGCAGACACAUGACCAAAUUCCGUUUAGACUUUGAUUUACAAAUAUGUCUUCCCAGCCUUCGUCAGAUUUAACAAAUUCCAUUGUGGUUUUCAAAAGUCGCCGAGUUGUACUGCCCCAUGGCGUUGUUUCUGCGGCCAUCGUUACGAAGAACGGGAAAAUUGUUGCCGUGAAAGGCUAUGAGGAAGGAAGAACUGAUCUAGGCAUUAAUGAUGAGUAUCAACCGAUUUUGGUUGUAGAUUUGGGCAAUUUGGUCUUAUCUCCUGGUGUUGUGGAUUCUCAUGUGCAUGUCAAUGAACCAGGCAGGACUCACUGGGAAGGUUUCACUACUGCAACAAGAGCUGCAGCUGCUGGAGGUGUUACAACUAUAGUGGACAUGCCUUUGAAUUCAAUUCCUCCUACCACAACCAAGGAAAAUUUUGCUGAAAAAUUUAAAGCUGCUUCUAACAAUGUUUUGGUAGAUGUUGCAUUCUGGGGUGGCAUCAUUCCUGGGAACCAGGAUGAACUGGUUCCACUUCUGAAAGAAGGGGUGCGCGGAUUUAAAUGUUUCAUGUGCCCAAGCGGAGUGGAUGAAUUUCCCCAAGUUAAAGAAGAGGAUCUUGAAAUUGCUUUCCAGCGUCUUCAAAACUCUUCGUCCACAAUACUGUUUCAUGCAGAGGUUGAGUGUUGCUCUGCUGUAAGUGAGAAAGUGGAAGUUCUGCCCAGUGUUUAUAAAGGUUUCUUGCAAUCUAGACCCGGCGUUAUGGAAGUGGAAGCCAUACGUUUGAUCAUUGAACUCUGUAGACGCUACAGAGUUCCGAGCCACAUAGUGCAUCUGUCCUGCGCUGAGGCCAUUCCUAUUAUCGCUCAAGCCAAAAAAGACGGAGUGCCCAUCACAGUGGAAACCUGUCCGCAUUAUUUAACACUCUCGGCCGAAGAAGUUCCAGUCAAAGCGACUCAAUUCAAAUGCUGCCCUCCCAUUAGAGACAAAGUCAAUCAGGAUUUGUUAUGGGCUGGAUUAUUGGAUGGUACGAUCGACUUGGUGGUUUCCGAUCACUCACCUGCACCCCAAGAUUUAAAGUGUGUCGAAACUGGAGAUUUCAUGAAGGCCUGGGGUGGAAUUUCAUCCUUACAACUAGUGCUACCUCUUCUUUGGACUUACGGACAUCCUAAAGGGUUAUCUUUAACUGACGUGUCCCGUUUCCUGAGCUACAACACAGCCAAGUUAGCCCGCCUCGAUCACCGCAAGGGGUCUAUUGCAGUAGGGCUGGAUGCUGAUUUCGUUAUCUGGAAUCCCGAUGAACAGAUUACAGUAACUCCAGACAUGCUGCAUUUCCGACACAAGCUGUCGCCAUACUUGGGCAAGGUGCUUAACGGCCGUGUGGUUAUGACUGUCUUAAGGGGCCAAACAAUUUUCAACAGUGGAGACUUCGUCUUAGAUAAGCCACAUGGAGUUCUACUUGCCGAUUCAUUGGAAUAAGCUGGCUUUUGUUAUAUCCAUUUCCCAUUUAUUUUUCUCUAUUCCUUUGUUUAGAAAUAUCAAAUUUUUAUAUUAACUUGUUGGGAAAUUUUUGCAACUAUAAAGGAUAGAAUUGGAAUGUU